ACCAAUACGUCCGUUGACGAAUACAUUUGUUCGUGUACACUAAAUAGGCUUAAUAACUAUCGAUUUCGGCAUCAGUCUCACGAAUAAUGAUUUUGUUCGGAAUGGACCGAGCGCUUGUUCCGAUGUUUGUAGUUACCGCGGCGAUAGCUGCUGCGGCUGUGUCUCGCGAUGGAAUACAAUGUAAAGAUCCGCACGGACAACCUGUCGACUGGUAAUAAUAUAACAAAUUGAAAAUAUAUAUCUACUUAAUUAAUUUUAAUUGUAUUUCUAUUGCUUUGGUUCAUCGAAAAGGUUUACUGCCAUCAAGUUACCAAAUCUCCAUUCAAAUGUGUCCAUCGGCACGGUUUAUGUAUACCUGGACGCUAAGAGUUCAGAAUGGACUCGGCUGACUGACAUCAAUACCGAGGAUUCCGCUAUUGGGCACACUGUGUCUCAGAUGUAUGCCAAAACAGAAAACUACAAUAAUGUAAAAAUAUUUUUGUCUGUAUACUCGGGUAGCUGUUUAGAUAAAGAAUCUAAUAGUAAAACAUAAAUAUUUAACAAAUUAAAUAAUUACAUACAAGUAUAUUUUUUGCCUGUAUUUAUUUAAUUUUCAAUUUUUUAUUAUUUAUUAUUCACUUUAGCCAUUUUUUUUUAUCUAUGUAUAUUCAAUGCCAUCAACAUUUCAAGCUCAUUUUAUUAUACUUACCUAAUAUCUAGGGUUUGGAUUUUAUAGCAUUUGCUAAUUAUUAUUGGAUACAGAUAAAAAUACCAGUGAAAUUUACAUUUGUUUUAUGCACCAGAGACUCCACAAAUAAGAAAUUUUAUAUUGCUAUUUUUUGCAUAUUUGAAGUAUUUUUGAUUUUUAGUGCCAUUUUUUCAAUUUUUGGUGGUAUUUUUUGCUAAUAUACAUAAUAUGAUUUUUUUAUAUUUUUCAUAAAUAAUAGAAAACAAAUCUGUCAUUUAUGUGAAUCUAAGAAAAAUGCUUAAAUUUUUGUUUCAUAUUAUAAUCUAUUUUUCAGUAGACCAAUCAGUCUACAUUUUCGACUCCAUAUGGGUUGUAUUUAUAUAUUUAAAAAACUUUAAAAAGAAUAAAUACAUUUUCUUUUUAUGGCAUAUUAUAACUUAUUUCAAGAUGCGUUAAGCCAUAUUAUAGUGCAUAUUUCAGUUAUAUUCAGUGCUAUAAAAUCCGAGCCCUUCUAAUAUAAAUUAUAUCUAAAUAAUACUAAUAUUAUUCUUACAGUCAAUAAUGUGGGUUGUAUACAAUGAUGAGCCAACAAAUGAACCUGUAUCAUUUACAAUGGGACAUACCAAAGGUAUAGUGAUGGCUGAUCAUAGUAUGGGAUUUUGGUUGGUGCACAGCGUGCCAAAAUUUCCACAGCUUCCGUAUGAGAAUAAUAACACAUAUACAUAUCCCCAUACCGGUUUGAUGUAUGGCCAGAGCUUUUUGUGUAUGUCAAUGACAAAUAAUGAAUUGGAUAACGUAGGCAAGUACCUUACAAUUGUUAGGUAGUUAAGACAGGCUUGAGUUAAACUAACAGUAGUUAUGCUAUUAUUGAUUUUUUUUUUUCAAACAACUAAUAUUACUCAUUACACACAGGUAAUCAGAUAAUUAACAAUGAAGCGUAUGUGUACGGCAGCCACUUUGGCAAUAACCUAAAAAAUAUUUACCCAGGGCUAUACAACACUACUUUACCAUGGGUCCAUUCCAGUAAAGUAAACAAUGGAGUGAGGUUGCAAAGCUUACAGUCAAUUAAUGGAAUCAAAUUCUUGUCAGUUUCGAAAAAUAGACAUUUUGGAAAAGGUAAAUUAUAAUAUUAUAAUAUUACAUCUUUUUAUUAUACUUCGGAAAACAAAAAAUAUUAAUAAUAACAAUUACAAAAGUUUAAAAAAAUGAAAUGGAACAGAUACAAUUAUGAAAUAGUUGAGGAAUGUAUAAGAAACUAACAGUUAUGUACAAAUAUUAAGCUUGCUAAUAGUUUGAUGAUUUACGUCCAAUCUCACCAAUGUAAACAUUGAUUUUUAAACUGAGUUUAUAAGAUAAUCAACCAAUCGUGGUCAGUUAUAAGCCAUAAACUCAGUUUAAGAAUCAGAUAAACACCUUUUUUUACAUUGGUGAGAACCCUUAUUGUACAAUUACUAUGAUAAUAUAUAAGUAGCACUUAAUUACAUUACAUUGGUAUUCAAAAGGUCAAUAAUUUAACAGUAUAUAUCAAUAAGGCUUUAUGAAAGUUACAUUGUGAUUUACAAUUGAUUCCCUACUAUUAUAUCAAUUUAUUACUGUAAUAUAUAGAAUAUAAAAACAUACUUUUGUAGAUUUGUACGAAGAUUUGAUAACGCCCAUGACACAGUCAAAUGUUUAUGUGCAGAGUUGGUUGAAUUCGAAGGGUAGUUUAAACUCGUCGUGUUCUAGUCAAUACAAGUGAGUUAGGAUAAAAUUAUGUUUGACACACAAUAAAAUGUUGUUAUUCAUCUAAUUAUGUAGAGCCAUGAACAUUAAAUCAUUAUCCAUGAAAAAAAUUAAAGGGUUGGAAACUUGUUGGUAUAAAACGUCUAAAGAUCAUUCAAAAUGGGUGAUAACAGGAAAAUUUUCUGUACCUUGGACUUGCAUUGGUGAUAUCAAUCGAGCUGUAAGUUAAUCAACAAAAAGUUAAUAUACUAUUAAAAUUAAAAAUGUACCAUUUUUUAUUAUUAACUGAUUAAUAAAUGCAUAAUUUGUAGAAAACACAGUUCCAUCGAGGAGGUGGAACAGUAUGCAUAAAUUCCACAACAAUAUGGAAUGAAUUCAAGAAACUAGUUUUGAAUAUCGAAAAAUGUAAACUUAGUUAAAAUCUGGAUAUUACAAGCAAAAUAAAAACUGGUAUAUUAAUUUAAUAUAAUCAUUUUUCAAAAGAUAUAUGCAGAAUGAUCCAUUUAAGUGGGUACCAAUACUAUAACCAGGAAAAAAAUUGUUAUUCUGUUUUUGUUAAGCUAGAAUAAUUAUCACCUAUUUUUGUCAAUCUGUUGACGAGAUAUUCCACUUUUAAGUUUGAGUCGGGGGUAAGUAGAGCAUCAUUUGUUUUGUGCCAUGGUAUAUUGCAUUAAAUAAUACACCACUACUCUCGCCAGGGCCCAACACAAACUUAAAAAUGGAAUAUCUCGUCUACGAUUAGACAGAAAUAAAAGAUUUCAACACCAAAAUUUAUUUUAACUAAUACUCGAUUAACAGAAUUCAUAAUAUAGUUUGCAAUUUGAAAAUCAAUGUGAUAAAAAAUAAUGUAAAUAUUAUAUUUUAGAACAGCUUGUUUCUUAAAUUUUGAGAAAAAGUUGGAAAAAGUAAACACUUAGUGUAAAAGAAUAAAAAAGCUGUUCUAGGAUAAUGAGGACGGGUGCAGCCACUAUUGUAAGUAGGAAGUUGAGAAGGUAGAAUAUAGAUGAGAAUUUAAUGUAUAUCUGUAAGCAAUGAUUAACCAUUGCUAAUGAAAAAAUGAUUCUGAGUAUUGUUCGGUUAUCAACAAUAUAUGUCAUAUUAUGGUAAAAUAAUUACAUAUGUAUUGAACUUUUUCUUUAAUAAUAUUUGUUUUAAUAUUAUAUCUAUUUUUCCGUUUUUCUUAUUUAUUGGGAAAUUAAAAAAAAUGACUUCCCUUAAAUAAUAGCCCAGUCACAUUUCCUUUCAGAAAAAAUGUUAUCAUUAUAAAUCUGAGCAAAAUUACUGGUAGAAAAGUUAAAGAUAAAAAAAUAAACAUUGUAAAACCAAUACAUUCCUUGUUUCACAAAGAAUCUAAAAUCUACAAUAGCUUAAAAAUUAAAAGCAGUUAUAUUAUCAGUCAAAAAAUAUUUUGUAAAAUGUAUAUAAAUUUACCAGAUUUGCAGUUCUAAAAAAAAAAAUGUAAUCAAAUUUAUUCUUACCUAGUGUCAUUCUUUAAUAUUCCACCGUUAUGCAUUUGAUUUUUAAGUACUCGUUUAAAGCUUCUUCACCUAAUUGUAUAUUGGAUAAUUUGAUAAUAAUUUAAUUAAACUAAUAUAAAUAAAGGAUAUUAUACCUAAAUCUUUGCCGAAUCCAGACCUCUUGAAACCACCAAAAGGUGCAGCCACAUCAGUUUUAUUGUAAGUGUUUAUAAACACAGUGCCAGCAUCAAUUUUCUCAGCAAAUCUCAAUGCCUUGCCAAUAUCUUUUGUGAAUAUGCCUGAAGACAGACCAUAUUCUGUUGAAUUGGCUCGUUUAAUAACAGCAUCUAGGUUACUAAUAGACAUGUAUACUAUAAAUAUUUCGAGUUUUAUUUAUAGAAUGUAUUACAUUAAUAAAUUAUUUUAUUAUAUUUUGAUUAUUUAGUGUAUACAAAUAAUAUUUUUCACCUGCUACUAAAUUUAGAUAUAGCCAUGAUUGGCCCAAAUGCUUCUUCUUGAGCAAUAAACAUGUGAUCUUCAACAUCAGUGAAAACUGUAGGUUCAAAAUAGUAACCAGGCUGAUCAAGUCGUUUUCCUCCAAUUUUCAACACGGCUCCUUCAUCUUUGGCUUUCUUACAGUAGUUAAUUAAUUUGUUCAAAUGAGCUUUGUGAUUUUGUGGUCCAUGAUGAGUGUCUCGAUCUAAUGGAUUCCCAAUUUUCUAAAAUCAAACAAAAUACAGCAGUUUUAUCAAUCCUCAGUUCAAUAAAAAUCAGUGUGUAUAAUUUUAGUAAGAUAUAAGAGUUCUAAUGAGAAUUACUCACAAUUUUUUUAACUUCUUCAACAACUCUUUCAACAAACUGGUCGUGUAUGCUAGAUUCAACAAACACUCUACCUGCGGCAAUACAAUUUUCUCCUUUGUUGAAAAACACCCCUCCCAUGCUCUACAUAACAAUAAAUCAAUGUAAACUAUUUGCCAUGUAAUACAUAUUUGUGAUUACUCAUACCAUUCUAACAGACUUUUCCAAAUCACAGUCAUCAAAUAUAACCAAAGGGGAUUUUCCACCAAGUUCUAACGACACUUUUUUGAGAUUCGACUCUGACGAUGCUUUCAUGAUUGUAUGGCCUGUUGCAGUACUUCCAGUGAAUCCCACUUUCCUUAUAUCAGGAUGUUCAGCUAUUGCUCUUCCAGUCUCGAUACCUAAUAUGAUAUUGUUUAUUAUUAAGACUUAUAUUUGUAUGCACUUACAUAUUUAUAUUGAUGGGUUAAAAAAAUAGUUAAAGAAUAUCAAAAUGUGUUUCAUCGAGCCUAUAUACAAGAUUGUAUUUUGCAUAUCUUUGUGUUUUAGGAUUUUUAAAGUAUAUUUUAGAAAUUUGUUUAGAAUUUAAUGUUGAUUUUUUUUUUCUGUCUGUCCUAGUUAUUAUACAAUUUAUAUAAUUAUGUAAAACAUAAUCUACACAACAAAUUACUGAAGAUACAAUAUACAUAAGAUUGAAUUAUGUUAAUUGUAAAUAGUAAAAAACCUAAACCUUAAAGAUCACAUAAAUUUAGUUAAAUUACCAAGUCCAGGUAAAAUGUUUAUGACUCCAGCUGGAAAACCAGCCUUAACAGAUAGUUCAGCAAAUUUUAGAGCAGUAAGAGGUGAUAAUUCUGUUGGUUUCAUUACUACUGUAUUGCCUGCAGCCAAACAAGCUGCCAUCUUCCAGGACAACAUCAUUAAUGGAUAGUUCCAUGGAGUGAUAAUACCACAAACACUAUUAUUAAACAAAACGGUUUUAAAAAAAAAUGAAUUAUCUUUUAAAUUUAUUGUUUUUAAUUACCAUACCCGAUUGGUUCUUUUUUCGUAAACGUUAAAUUUCUAUUGGGCCUGGCAUGCGAUAUCGGCACUGUUUGUCCAUGAAUCUUAUCUGCCCAGCCAGCAAAAUAUCUCCAAACAUCAAUUGACAUACCAAUAUGGGUUUUUAGUGCCAACGUGUACACUGCACCGGAAUCAAUAGACUCUAAUGUUGCCAAUUCUUCCCUGUUUUCAUCUAAUAAAUCAGCAAUUUUAUACAUAAUAGCUCCACGAUCUCUAGGACUCAUUUCAGACCAUUCUCCUUCAAAAGCCCUACUUGCUGCUUUAACUGCAUGAUCUACAUCAGCUUCCGAUGCACACUGAAUCUAAAGUUAAACAAUAGUUUAACAAUAAAAUGAAUUAAUUCAUUCGUUUUGAAUUUGAUUUUACUAUAAAAUAUUUUAAUACUAAUUUAGUAACUACUACUUAUACAACAAAAUCUUACUGAACAAAUAACAGAUUCAUUGGCAGGGUUGAUGCAUUCCAUGGUAUUUCCAGACUCUGAGUUCACAAAAUUACCAUUUAUGAAUAAUUGUUUUGCAAAUUGCAAUUUCAUAUUAUUGACUUCAACUAUAACUGGGUCAUAUUCUACAUGAGUGUUGUCUUCAGUUAUCCCUCUUGAUUUUUUCACCAAAGUAUUACAGAAGUUGGAAAAAACAGGAGACAUGUAUACAUCGUCGUUCUUUAAAAUCAAUUUCAGUUUAUCUUUAAUUUCUUCAAUUAACCUAUGCCAUUAUCAUAGAAAUUCAGCGCUUAUUAAGAACAAGAAAGAAAUAAUAGCAAUACCUAUUUUUAUGUUAGUACCUGACCACAUCCAUAGAACCAGCUCCAGAUUGGAAAAAGUGUGAUUCUUUUUCAAUGUCCAUGUUGAGAAUGUUUUUCCAAAUAGUUUCUACAACUAGAAUUAAUGCUUUCUCUUCAUCCGUGUACUCAAUAAUUUCUUGAACGGUAUCUGCUUUACCGUAAUUUGAUGCAGCUAUCAUUUUACCGUCCACAGAUAAUCUUUGGAUGUUCAGCUAAUGCAACCAAUUUAAAAAUUAAAAAUAUUCAAUUGCCAAGUUUAUAGUGGAAUUAUUACAUCAUUUUUUUUUUUUUUUAUUUUAGUGAUUAGAGCAAGAGCAUUAAUGCAUCAAAAAUAUAUCUGGUUUAAAUAGGAUUUUAUAUUUUAAUAAUUGUCAUAUUUUGUUUUCUAUGUAAUAGGAAAUUUAGCUUGAGGAGCUUGAGAUACAUAUUUUUUGUAUAAUUUAGGACUAAUUUGAAAAACAAACUUAAAAAAAAAAAAAAAAAAAAUCAAAAAUCUAUAUACUAGUUACAAUUAAUAGUAUUGUAUUUACUUUUAACCCAUCAUUGCAAGUAAUCAAUAGACCAUUAUCGUGAACAAUAGCUGGAAUCUGUAGAGAAUCAAUGUUUAUUUGUUCACCUGUAGGUGUUUUAUUAGUCCAAAUAGACGAUUGGUAUAGUUUAACUUCAAUUCCAUCAAUAGUAGUCCAAGCGCCCGGCGAACUGUCCAACCCUCUGAUAAAGUUUUGAAUGUCUUCACCUGUUUUAGACCAAUCUAUCUAAAAUGAAUUAUCAAAUAUUAUGAUGGUCAUUCAAGUUUCAAUACUAAAAGAUUUCUACAUACUUUUUGUAAAGUCUUUUUCCGUACAGAUGGUUCAAAUGAAGAUCCUUCUGUAGACUGAGGUAUAACAGGAGCUGUUCCAUUGGCAACCAUAUUAACAGCUUCAGCCUAAUUUAAUAAUAACUAUUAUAAUUUUAGAGAAUGAUAGUACACUAAGUGAGAUUAAUUAUAAUGAAUAUAAACUAUAAAGAAUAUGCAAGUAUUUAAAAGUUCAGUUUGGUUCUACCUUAAAAAUUAGAGUUUGUAACAACACUAGAAAUUAAUAAUUACCAUAGAUUUUAUGCCUUCUGGAUAUAAAAACCGAUUGUAUAAAGAAUCAACAGUGUCAUCUUGUAAGACUGGGCAUGACUUUUGCAACAGUAUUGGCCCAGUGUCAAGUCCAUCGUCGGCCCAAAAAAUAGAAAAUCCCGCUUCUUUAUCUCCGUUCAUUAAUGUCCUACAAUAAUAAUAUAAUAUAAAUUAUAAAUAAAUAUUAUAACUUUCAUUACUUACCAGUUUAUAGCGCUAACUCCUCUGUGUUUUGGUAAAAUCGAAGGAUGAUAACAUAUGCUUUUGUGUUUUGGAUGUUCGAUAACCUCCAUGGGAAUAAACUGUGAACAAAAUGGUAGAACGUUGAGUUCAGCAUCGACUUUUUUGUACUGUGCUACAAUUUCAGGUAAUGCAUUUUCACCUUUACGCCAUGAUUUGAUCUUAAACACGGGAGUGUCAUUUUCUGAUGCAACAGCCGCUAAAAAAAAAAAAAAAUUUAAAUUAUUUCAUAUUAUUACGUUUUUUAUUCAUUAUUUUUUAAUACUGUUACAAAUUUGUUAUUGUUUAUUAAAUUUGGUUAAAAUA